AUGUUUUCCAAUUUAUUGGAUAGAAUGGGCGCAUCGUCUCGCUCUUCUAGUAAGCACGAAAUAACGCGUGCCCCUUCAUCGGAAUCAAUCGAUACUUCAAUCACUGUCGACGACACCUCAAACUUAAAUUCCUCUACAUCUACACCUCCAACAAGCAUUGGAGACAAUGUUAGUGUCACUUCUGCCACCGGCAAGCCCGAGCCCAUUGUCGACGAGGCAUCAAUUGCACCCGAACACACAGAUAGACGAAGUCAGCGAGCACGCGCAAAGGUCGGAACCUACAAUGCUAAGAUUCUUGCCGGCACAGCCGUACACACCCCCAAGAAAUUUUUAAAGGACAAAAGCGCUCCAGAUAAUGAAGCACGGCGAAAAACUAUAUCAGGCGGCGAAUUGGCUGAUGCAUUGGGUCCGGCAAGUGCGUCUGCAGGCACUGUAGGAAAGAAUGCACAAAAGUUGGUCAGUGAGGGAAUUGAUGCUCUGGACUUGUCUUGGUCAGUCAAGAAAUUGCCUAAUUCAGCCAGCAAAAUCAAUCACAAAAGCCCUAAAAGUACUGCUGCUAAGAAGGAGGAUCUUUCUCGAAGAAAGUCUUUACGAUCAACACCUGGCGAGAAGGCGGAUGGGCCCACGAAGAAGAUUAGCUUACUAGGAAAGAGGGAUCGAAAGGAAAUGGAAGGAGGUCUUCAGAAGGCAAAGCGGGAGCUCAGAAACCUCGCAGACACGAAGGAGUUUGCAAAAAUCGAAACAGAGCCCGUCGUAUUGGAAGUCUGGAGUAACGGAAAGCUGGUGAAAAAGGAGUCGGCAAGGAAGAAGAAGAAGGCAGAGGAGGCCCAAUCUCAAGUCUCCGAGCCGGAGCCUACCAAGACCCCAGCAAAGAAAGUAGCGCAAGGUAGAAAAGAGAAAGCUUGGUUGACGAAGGGGCUCUACGCGGGACAGGAUCCGGCCAAUCUUGACUGGUUCAAAUCUUCUGGAAAUACAAAGUCGGCUUUUAGGUGGACUGGGAAGCCAAACAAAGCCCUGCCCUUACCCUUGUGGAAUGGCCAAAGAUUACUACACGGCAGCCUAAACCUACCGAGUGGUACAAGACUUUCUCAUAAUCGAUUCAUUGGAGAAGCUGGUUCAAUGUGGAAGAAGUCAAGCUUGUUUGAUAGUUUCUUCUCCAAGUGUAUCUGUAAACCCGAUGCAGGUUGUGAUGAAGAUUGUCAGAAUAGAAUCAUGCUUUACGAGUGCGAUGAUACCAAUUGUGGCGCAGGACGAGACAGUUGCACCAACCGUGCAUUCGCUGAACUCUUUAAUCGUCGUAAAGGCAACUCGUUCCGAAAAGGUGGCAACAAGUAUGAGAUUGGCGUUGAAGUUAUCAAAACAGCUGAUCGUGGCUACGGAGUUCGAAGUAAUCGCUGCUUCAACGCAAACCAAAUUAUCGUUGAGUAUACAGGGGAGAUCAUCACUGAAGACGAAUGUGACAGACGUAUGAAUGAAGACUAUAAAGAUAAUGAUUGUUAUUACCUAAUGUCAUUUGAUCAGAACAUGAUCAUUGAUGCGACCAGGGGUAGCAUUGCUAGAUUUGUUAACCAUUCCUGCAGACCAAACUGCAGAAUGGUGAAGUGGAUUGUGGAGGGCAAGCCGCGAAUGGCUCUGUUCGCUGGCGAUAAUCCCAUUAUGACUGGUGAUGAGCUCACCUAUGACUACAAUUUCGACCCAUUUUCGGCUAAAAACGUUCAAGCGUGUCGCUGUGGCAGUGACAAUUGUCGCGGUGUAUUGGGACCUCGACCAAAGGACCAAAAAGUCAUCAAGGCCACCACCAUUAAAGACGUUGUUAAAGCUGGCCUUAAGGCCGGCAAGCGAAAGCUUCAACAGAUGAUUGGUGAUGACGAAGACGACGAAGACGUACAGGUUCAAAAGAAGCGAAAGACGAAGACGGCCACAGGAGUCAAAUCAUCCAUAUCUAAAGCUACCACAAAUGUUGCAAAAACAGUCAAGAAAACGGUCUCUUCACAACUUUCGAACGCUCGCCAUGUAGUUGGCUCUAGCAAGAAAACAAUCAACGUUAGCCAAGCCACAGCCGGCUCACUCAAAACAUAUGGAAAGAAGCAGAUGAAGCUCUCUUCAAGCAGCAAAAAUUUAACUAUCGUUUCGCCAGAGAAAAGUCUCAAGGGCAAAGAAACGAGGAGAGAAAGUAUGACGAAAAGUAUAGCACCAAGUAGGCGUUCUACUAGACGAUCCAGCGAGUUUGAUGAUGCCAAUGAGAGUACGAUUCGAGUUGUCACUAACUUUGAAGGAGAAGAAGAAGAAGAUUAAAUGAGGGACCUGUAACCACGAUAAACACAAAUUUUGGCUGCAUUGUUAGAGGGUGUUGCUGCGCGCGGGGGGAAGGGGGGUUGCUAGGUUCGGAUUGGACACAUGGACUUUUAUCUUAUUUGGGCUGCUGGCAUGGCUAAAUCUUCAACGACUGGCGUAUGGCAUCUUUUUGUAUGAAUAUCUUCUAAUAGUUCCUCAACAUCAACUUUCGGGAUUUUUGCUUCAA